GAUUCAAAUCAAACGCGACAGCCAGGAUCAAGCCGCGUCGUGUGGUUAAGCAACAACAUAAACAAGAAGGCACCGUUCGUGAUUUCAGCGCAGACCGCGCAAACAAUAGACUGCAAGAGGGAUAUCUGCCGACAUGGCUGACGCAAGCGACGAGGCCGCGGGGCAUCAGGCUGCGUCGGCUGCGCCUCAAGCGUUCAGAGUGCUGUACGAGAAACUGCUGCAGGUGCCUGUCGAGACCAGUCUGUUUAGCUGGUGUCCGACUAUGGAUCUGAUGACGUUCUCGCCUGAUCCAAAGACGAUAAUGCUCUAUCGGAUCACUGGGCAGUUGGUGUGGAGGAUGACGUUGAAGGGGGCAAAUGCGAAGAUUUUGAAGCUGGCCUGGAAACCUGAUGGAAAACUUCUGGCACUAGGCUGCGCCGAUGGCUCAGUCCGGAUAUGCGACCCAAACAACGGCAAACUCUUGCAUCAGAGAACCUCACCAUCCGCCGUCGUCUGCCUGAACUGGGUGUCUGAAAGCAAGGAAGCGAUCCGCACGCGCUCCUCGACCAAGUUUGAUAAUCUGAUUAAUGUCGACGUCACCUCAAUUAUUCCGAAACUGAGUCCUAUUCCUGCAUCUUUGGCACCAGACAGCUUGUUUGCGACGAAAUUCGUAAUGGAUAGUGUGAUCAAUACCAGGUUCGACACCGACAGCCCGGUCCCGAUCGAUAUUCUGGUCAGCGGCGAGGCGGCGGGUAACGUCCUAUUCAACAUCUUUGGCAACUUUACAAUCGCCAAUCUGCCGUUCCCGCCUAGAUUACAAUUGACUGCGAUUGAUCAUUGCACUACAGAUAACCUUUCAUUCCAUGGCUUCCUGGCGAGGAUGGUCAGCGGCGGCAUAGUACUCCUUCCUCUGCGCGUGCAUUUCAUCCGCAGAUUCGGCGCCGACCUCGCUCUGAUCUCGUUCUCGUCCACGCGGAUAAAAGCGCUGAUGGACUACAUCAGCAACGUAACAGACGCGAUCCUCUCCGAAUUUAGCAACGUGCUCAAACCGCUGCGAGCGUUGAUGGUCUCGCUAGAAGAAGCGUUGCAGGCGUGCGCGGACGACAGCCCUGUCGACGCGCGGUUGCUGGAGACGCUGUUGUUUGGCGUGCCGAGCGAGUCGAUGAAGAAGUUUCUGGCGGACUCGGUGUCGGAGAGGUUGGUCAAGGCGUGGAAGAAGAGCGCGGGUACGGGGUACGAGAAUAUUCGCAAGCUGGUUGCGGAGUCGCUGAUUCCGGCGUGCGAGAGGGCGGUGGUCAUGCUUACUCGAAUCUGUGGGCUUGCUGAGUGGCGUGAACGAGGUACGCAUCUUGGACUUAACGUGGAGGCGAUAGAAAACAUCAUCAGCAGACUCCAAGAGUUUAUGACGGCAGCACACCGACUUCUCUGGGAGACCAACACCGAGUACGACUACUUCAAGAACUUUGUCGGUUGGUUCAAGUACAUGCUCGACGAGAUGUCAAGCACCGAAGUGCCGGACGAGGAAGUCGAUACCAAGAUCGAGUCGACAAAAGUCGCGACGUUUAUCACAGAGUACCUCGGCGCGCCUACCGUCAAGCAAUUCUUCUCGAGCUACGCCGAACCUGUUCUCGCCGCGUCAAAAUCACAGCCGAUAGACUCCGGCACACCAGACUGGGCCAAAAACGACAGCUCUGGCAGAAAGAUUUUUAACCAGGACUUCCAGCCGGUCGAGUUGCGGACGAUGAUCAAGGAUCUAGAUAAGCUUUGUGUGCAUGCAUUCACAGAGUCUGCGAACGCGAUGAAGAAGCAUGCGGUAUUUGGAAGUCCGUUGAGGAUUAAAGAUAACUGUAAUCUGAAGAAGAUGCAGGCGUGUACGCGGGUAGUCGCGGGCGAGGGCGACGGGUCUGAAUUGUUUGUUGCGAUCUCGUUUGAUGUGGAUGCUGAAGCGAUAAUGAUGAUCAAGGUGCAAAUCUUGAAACAUCACAAUGAGCUUACAAAGCCGCAGAUUCAUGCAUCCCUGCUUUCCUGUGCCGGACAGCGUCUGCAAUCAAUGACCUUUGUCGACGACGAGAAAAUGAUGUUUUUAUUCCACGCCACCUCUCCAGACUCUUCCUCUCCGCCGCAGGCCAGUCUCUGCACAUUCACCACCUCCGACGCGUUUCCCGACGCCUCCCUCGUUGCGACGGAUAUCUUGUCCGACGGCGACUUGUACCACUACCUAACUUCGGAGCGGGAGAGGCUGGUGCCGGAGUGGGCCGACAGGCGGGCGUUUACGGAGGAGUUUGUGCCGGUUGCGUUGGCGGUGAACGGCAGGCCCGGACGACGGGUGGCGGCGGUGCUGGCGGACGAUCGUCAGCGGUAUAUGGUCUUUGAUAUUGACGACAAUGAGGAGGAUGAGGAGGAGGAAGGGGAUGAUAUGCCGGUUGACUAGUAAAGGGAGUUUGUAACUGUUUCGGCUGUGUAUUUGUAUAUAUAAAAGUGCUGCUAAUACCUCAAUAAAGGCGUCUGGGUCAACUACCUCCUUCUUCUUCCCUUUGUGAGAAUCCUGCUAUAAUGCAUUUCCUUCUUCUAUAUUAAAAGGUGUAGACUUGCGGUUCAGUGACAUGGCCGGCCCCCUCAAUUGCGUUUGUGUAAAACAGUACAGAGAAGCAGAAAAUGUGAGUAGCAAGCAGUAGAAUGAAG